AUGUCGGUGCACCCUCCGUCGUUCACAGUGCCAUUCUCCAUCGGCGGCAAUGACUGCUACACGGACGCGGCCUUUGAUGUCAUUUCGCCCAGCAAUGGCAAGCUUGCGCACCGCUGCGGCUCUGCCACGGUGGCAGACGCCAGCGCCGCCAUAACAGCCGCCGCGGACGCCUUCAAGACAUGGCGCACGACGACGCCGGUGCAACGUCGUGACAUAUUUCUCAAGGCAGCCGAAGUCAUGGCCGCCCGCCGCGAGGAGCUGGCGAGCUACAUGGCGACCGAGACGGGUGCCACCCCGCCGUGGUGCAACUUCAACUUGGAUGUUGGAAUAGGCAUGCUCAAGGACGUUGCCGGCCGCAUCGCCACUCUCGACGGCUCGUUUCCAGCCUUGAUGGACCCAACCACAAGCGCCAUUGUCAUGCGAGAACCCUACGGGGUGGUUCUGGCCAUGGCCCCUUGGAACGCCCCUUAUAUUCUCGGAACUCGCUGCGUCGCCUUUCCCAUCGCGGCGGGCAACACAGUCGUCUUCAAAGGCUCGGAAGUGGCGCCGCGGACAAUGUCGGCCAUCGUGUCGGUCUUUCGCGAAGCAGGGCUGCCGGACGGCGUGUUGAACUUCAUUGUGCACGAACCCUCCGCCGCCGCCGAGAUUACCGCCCACGCCAUUGCCCAUCCCCAGGUCAAGAAGAUCAACUUCACAGGCAGCACACGUGUCGGACGCAUCAUAGGGCGCUUGGCCGGCGAGAACCUGAAGCCCGUCGUCUUGGAGCUGGGCGGCAAGGCACCAGCCAUCGUCUGGGAAGAUGCGAAUCUGCAGCUCGCCGCCGACCAAUGCGCCCUCGGCUCCUUUCUUCACUCGGGACAAAUAUGCAUGAGCACGGAAAAGAUCCUCGUGCACAAGUCCGUAAAACCGGAAUUUCUAGACAAGUUCAUCAACGCCAUUGACAAGGUGUUCCCCAACAGCGGCGAUGCGUUGACGCUCAUCAACAGCGUCGCCGUCGACAAGAACAAGGCCCUCGUGAAAGAUGCCCUGAAUAAAGGCGCCGCGGUAGCGUUAGGCAACCUCGACGCCCAAGAAGCAAGCGGCACGCGUCUGCGCCCGAUCGUCGUGGACAAUGUGACGGCAGACAUGGAGCUGUACCGCACCGAGUCGUUCGGUCCGACAGUCUCCAUCAUGGGCGUCGAGUCCGAGGACGAGGCGAUACGGGUGGCCAACGACACCGAGUACGGUCUGUCCUCUGCCGUCUUCACCGAGGACCUCCGGCGCGGCCUGCGCUUUGCGCGCGAGAUUGAGACGGGGGCGGUGCACAUCAACAACAUGACGGUCCACGACGAGGCGGCGCUUCCACAUGGCGGCGCAAAAGCCAGCGGCUACGGGCGCUUCAACGCCUCCAAGGGUCUGGAUGAAUGGGUGCGGACCAAAAACGUCACCUUCAAAAAUUGA